AGAGAAUCUCCCAAGCCGCUUCAAAUUUAAGGAGUAUUGUCCAAUGGUAUUCCGAAAUCUCCGGGAAAGAUUUGGGAUUGAUGAUCAGGACUAUCAGAAUUCUGUGACCAGGAGUGCUCCAGUAUAUAAUGAUAGCCAUGGGCGGUGUGGAGUUCGUUUUCUUACCACCUAUGACCGACGGUUUGUCAUCAAGGCAGUGUCAAGUGAAGAUGUUGCAGAGAUGCACAACAUUCUAAAGAAAUAUCACCAGUUCAUUGUGGAAUGUCAUGGGAAUACACUUUUACCCCAGUUUCUUGGCAUGUACAGGCUUACAGUAGAUGGUGUGGAAACCUACAUGGUAGUCACCAGGAAUGUGUUUAGUCACCGGUUGACAGUGCAUCGAAAAUAUGAUCUCAAGGGUUCAACAGUAGCAAGAGAAGCCAGCGACAAAGAAAAGGCUAAGGAUCUACCAACCUUUAAAGACAAUGAUUUUCUAAAUGAAGGCCAAAAACUCCAUGUUGGAGAGGAAUGUAAAAAAAAUUUCCUGGAGAAAUUGAAGCGAGAUGUUGAGUUUCUUGCACAACUGAAGAUCAUGGAUUACAGUUUGCUGGUAGGGAUUCAUGAUGUUGAUCGAGCUGAGCAAGAAGAAAUGGAAGUUGAGAACCGGGCAGAAGAUGAAGAAUGUGAGAAUGAUGGCAUAGGUGGGAAUCCAAUUGGGUCCUAUGGUACGCCACCUGACAGUCCUGGUAACCUUCUCAAUUUCCCACGUUUCUUUGGGCCUGGGGAGUUUGAUCCAUCUGUGGAUGUCUACGCUAUGAAAAGCCAUGAAAGUGCCCCUAAGAAGGAAGUAUAUUUCAUGGCCAUUAUAGAUAUCCUUACACCUUAUGACACAAAGAAAAAAGCAGCGCAUGCUGCCAAAACUGUGAAACAUGGGGUAAGAAAGAACUAUUUCUUUGCAUUGAUCUCAUUGUGCUUAGACAAGCAUUAUCACAUUUUAUAAUAUAUUUCAGAACUGAAGCCACAGUUGGUUGAGAGUGAUCCAGAAUUGUGAAAGGGAAGCAGGGGUGCAACCAUUUAAUAUAUAAAUUGAUGGGGCUGAGACUUCCAUGGGGUUUUUAUCUUUUUUCUUUCAGUAUAUUAUACUUGUUUGAGAUUAUACUAUGCUUUUUAUCAUUCAUAUAUCACUCAAAAUGAUAGCAAUUUUUCAGGAAUUCUGGUUGCAAAGGGCUUUAGAAUUUGCAAAAAAUAAUGAAAUGCUGGAAUAGAAAUUUUGUUACAUAAAAGCCACAUAGAGUAAGCUACAUCACAUUUUUCACCUUCUUAUCAUUUUCGUUGUUGUUUUCUAGCCAUUUUGCAGCUUCCAAAUAAAUACAUCAGGAAUAUUUUAAUGUGACCACACCAAAGAUACAUUUUUAUAUGAUUUUUCUAUUGCUGUUGUUCUGUCUUUUGUUUCUGUGUAUAUUUCAGUUCUUUACACACACACUCUUGCAAAAUAUGUCCUUUCAAUGAAUCUCUACAUGACUCACUUCUUAAAUAACCUUGUCUAGUUCAACUCUGCCCAUCAGGGUCUCAUCAUCCAAAGCCAUAGGUUACAGAAUGCUAAAUGAGGUCCAGAAUGAAAUUAAUGCAGAAAAUAUUUGCAACACUCAGAAGUUAGAGCUGAGGCUGUUAGGAUAACAAUGUCUCCUUCUAGUCCAAUAUACCUUUUCAAAUGGGCAUGAUCCAGUGCCUUUCUGCUCAGUUUUUCUUUUUUUUUUUCACCUACCUUAGCAAUAUUUUUAAGAGGACUCUUGGUUUUCUGAUAAUUUUUUCUCAAUAAAAUGCUAAUUCCAGGUUUUUUUUUCCUAAUGUUCAAUUAGAACAUUGUUACAAUGUUCUAACUGAACAUUGUAACAACAUACUUUUGUGCAGGUGAUGAAGUCACUGUUAGGGUGGCAGUCUUACUCUUUCCAUAAUCCUAAGGUUAGGCUGCAUCACCUUUCAGGCAAGUGCCUUUGUUCCUCUGCCUGCACAAAAAGCAUGAAAAAGAGGAUGUAACCACAUUUUUCUGGUGGCUAUAUAAGGGCCUGUUCAAGCUGUUCUGCCUCUCUGUUGCAGGUGAUUAUUUAGCUGUCUCUAAACUGAGCGGAAACACAAGAAGAUAGCUUUGCCCCUUGGAACAUUCAAACAGCACUGGGAUUGGAGAGCUAGUAUAGUCAGAAGAUGUUUAAAACAUCAUCAGCUGAACAAUUUUUCUUCAUAAAUAUCCAUGGAUAAUAUGUAGUUUGUAAGACAUUUUCUACUAAAGAUUCUGAAGAGAGUGAAU